AUGUUGAAGAAGUUUCAAGCUCUUGAUGCAAAUAGGACUUGGGACAUAGUCCCUCUUCCUCCAGCUAUUUAUGUCGAUAAUAUUUUGCUAGUCAGGACUGAUACAGUUGAAAUGGUAGCCCUUAGAUCCUUUUUGGACUCUCAGUUCAAAAUUAAAGAUCUUGGACCAAUAUACUAUUUAUUGGGCCUUGAAGUUCAUCAGACACCUCAUGGUUACCGUAUCAACCAGUUGAAGUAUACACAUGAUCUAUUUCAUGAGUUUAAUUGUUGCUCCUUGACUCAUGUUCUCACCCCUUUAGACUUCUCAGUCAAGCUCUCUCUUAACGAAUGUGAUUGUCUUCCAGAUCCUUCUGUAUAUAGACGGCUUCCAGAUCCUAGGGUCCCUCACAUGCUCAGUGAUAUUCAUGUUUUGCGAUACUUACUGAAUGAUCCUGGGCAAGGCAUCUUAUUAAACAACUCUCCAGAUUUUUCUUUGGUUGCGUAUGCUGAUUCUGAUUGGGCUGCUUGUCCAAUUUCCAGAAGAAUUCUUCAUGAUCUGGGGUGUCCAGUUACUAAGCUUGUCCCUGUAUUCUGUGAUAGUCAAUCUGCCAUUCACAUAGCCAAGAAUCCAGUCUUCCACGAGCGUACGAAACACAUUGAAGUCGACUGUCACUAUGUGCGUGACAUGCUUCAGUCUGGGACUAUUUCUCUACAUCAUGUUUCUUCUGCUGAUCAACUUGCUGAUCUUCUGACUAAAGCAUUAUCUGGAGCUCCUCACCAUCAUUUGUUGUCCAAGCUUGGUGUCUAG